UAAACUGUACUAUUGUUGGCACUUCAUCAGUCAUUGGCACUUUGUUCUUUUAAAAUGAAUAUUAAGAACUGGACUAGUAAAUAACUUAUUACCAUUUUAUUUUUACAUUCUCAUAUGGCAACAUUAUCUGAUUUCAACGGUAGGUUUUGGAAAACUUUACCUGGUAACACUGGCAAAACUGUCUUUUCUCAGCAGCACGUGUUGGUGCUUGUCGACGGCAUAUUUUUGAUUAAUCUAACAUGAGACAAGAAUAAUUCACCAUGCCAAAGGUAAAGGAAGGCUGUAAUUAUUCAAAAAAAUACACGGAAGAAGAUAUAAUUAAAGCUAUUGCGGCAGUAAAUAAUGGAAUGCCUAAAAAAACUGCAGCGUUAAAGUUCGGUGUGCCACGUCCUACCUUACAAUUUAGACUUUGUUCAAAAUUUAUUAAGUCUAGGCCAGGACCAACUACAAUUCUUACAGAAGAAGAAGAGAAAACGUUAGUGGAAUGGGUUAUUUCCUCCAGUAGAAAAGGGUUUCCUAAACGUAAAGAAGACAUUUUGUUAAGUGUGGAACAAUUUUUAUCGAGGAACCCUAGACCAAAUAACUUCGUCAAUAACAAACCUGGCGAUGGCUGGUAUCGUCUUUUUUUAAAACGACAUCCUGAAUUAACACACAGGACGGCUGAAGCUGUCACAUCUGCUAGCGCUAAUGUCUCGGAAACCAAUAUUAGACAGUGGUUUCAACAAAUUGAAAGUUAUUUAAAAGAUAAUGGGUAUUUUGACAUAUUAAGCGACGCCUCUCGUGUUUAUAAUGGAGACGAAACAAAUUUUCAGCUAUGCCCAAAAAACACCAAGGUAUUGGCAGAAAAAGGAUGUAAAAACGUUUACGAAGUGGAUCACGCGCAGGCGAAAUCUUGUUUAACUGUUAUGUUUACAUUUUCUGCCAGUGGUAAAACUACUCCGCCCAUGGUGAUAUACCCGCUUAAAAGAAUGCGUGCUGACAUCAGAAACUCAGUUCCAUCGCACUGGGGCUUAGGUUUAUCAGAUAACGGGUGGAUGAAUAAAAAUUUGUUUUAUCAGUACAUCCACAACGUAUUAUAUCCAUACCUCGUCGAAAACAAAAUUCAGUUUCCUAUUAUUUUAUUUGUGGAUGGGCAUAAAAGCCAUAUGAAUUAUGAUUUGAGUGAGUCAUGUAAAGAAAAGGGAAUCAUUUUAAUAGCUCUUUAUCCUAAUGCCACACGGAUACUUCAGCCUGCAGACGUUUCGGCGUUUAAGCCCAUGAAAAAUGCUUGGAAAAAAGCGUCUUGAACUGGCGACGCAACAAUUUGACUAAAACUUUGACAAAAAUUGAUUUUGGUCCCAUUUUAUCUGCAGCUUUAGACAAUUAUAUUAAACCAUCUUCCAUUGUCAAUGGUUUUAAAUCCUGCGGUCUCUGUCCAUGGAAUCCAAAUGCUAUCGACUUUUCAAAAUGUCUCGGGAAAAAUUGUACCAGUACGACUAAUCUUCAAUUAAAUUCUGAACAUCAAACACAUACCAUGACAUUAAAAAAGUUUCAAGAAAUAGUAGGACCAUCAAUUUUAAAAAAUCUUCGCCCGGAUUGUGUGAUAAAGAACCCGUUUCAAAAUGCUUUGGUAAAAGUUUACAAUUAUUUGAAAACCGAAUCUGCUGAUAUAGUUGACCAAGAAAUAGAACACAUACAGAAAAAAUCUUUUCUAAUUGACGAUUCCUGGGUUCCAAUAGAUGAUAUUCCGGUCAUUUUAGAUGAGAGUUUGGAGGAUUUAGGAAACUUAAAAAAUGUUGAUAUUGUAUCAAACUCUAUUGAAAAUUGCAGUCAAGACCCUGACUUUCCCAUACUCAUGAAAAAUUUAUCAGAUGAUUUAACUGGCAUUGAAAAUAUUAAGGGAAACAAAUCAAAUUCAUUGCAAAUUAACAAUAUAGACUUGAAUGUUAAUUUAUCCGACUCACAACACAAUUUUGGCGAGUUCGAACUUACUGCAGACCAUGAAAAUAUAUCAUACACAAAUGAAAAUACGUAUGUUGACCAACAAUUAGAUUUUCCCAAAAGCUCCGAUGAAUCUACCAUAUCUGGCCAAAAUGUAACAUCUCUUCCUGUAAGCAACAAUAAAAUAGAUUUCACUCCCGAAAAAGAAAAUUUGAAGAGCAGUUUAAUAUGGCCAAAGACUCCUGUACGAAAAGGUAACAAGGUAACUGAAAAGAAGCCUGUAUUUGUAUUGACUAGUAAUAAAUGGCUAGAGAUAGAAAAAAAUAAAAUAGACGAAAAAGAAAAAAAAAGAAAACGAAAAACAGGAACGGAAACGUAUCAGAGAAGAAAAUAAGACAAAAAAUAAAACCAGCGCAUCUAAUAAAAAGGAAA